UGUCCGCAGUCUCUGGUUUUGCUCCUGACACACUGUCGGCAGUCCCUGGUCAUCUCCUGUACGUUGUGUCCGCAGUCUCUGGUCAUCCCCUGUACUGUGUCCGCAGUCUCUGGUCAUCCCCUGUACUGUGUCCGCAGUCUCUGGUCAUCCCCUGUACUGUGUCCGCAGUCUCUGGUCAUCUCCUGUACUGUGUCCGCAGUCUCUGGUCAUCUCCUGUACUGUGUCCGCAGUCUCUGGUCAUCCCCUGUACUGUCCGCAGUCUCUGGUCAUCUCCUGUACUGUGUCCGCAGUCUCUGGUCAUCUCCUGUACUGUGUCCACAGUCUCUGGUCAUC